AUGCCGGGCAACCUUUCCAAGAUGUUGGACGCGGUCCGCCGUGCGCCUUCCACCGCGGCGAAUCGACUCACCGAUGUCGAGCCCGAGCCCGAGCAAGCCAAGCUGCUCCACAGUCUGGCCUCUCUGACGAGCCCAAAGCAUGUGGCGACAUUGAGCCAGGCUGUCGCUAAGCUCACCAGCGGCCAGCCAGUCAACGACCGCGAGCUCCUGCUCGACAAGGUGGUCGGCAUGCUUCAGGAGCUGCCCGACCACUCACCAGCACAGAGUAGCGUUGCCAAUGCCCUGAUCGGCGGCCUCUACCGCGACCUGCCUCAUCCGCCGCGCUCGGUGUGUGGACCCGACGCCGUGUACCGCAGCGCGGACGGCAGCGGCAACGACCUCUGGUUCCCAGACGUCGGAAAGGCCGGCACCUGCUUCGUCCGCGGCGUGCCGCCCCGCAAGCCCAAGCCUCCGACGCUGCCGGAGCCCGAGCUCGUUUACGAUCAGCUCCUCCGCCGACCGGAGCGCUCUUUCGUCGAGCACCCAAGCGGCCUCAACCGACUCUUCUUUGCCUUUGCUAGCCUGCUGAGCCACGAGCGCUUCCAGGGGAGCCGGGAAACGCCACACAUCAACGACACAUCGAGCUACGCAGAUCUCUCGAUCAUCUAUGGCAACACACAGCCCGAACAGGACCGUGUCCGCACCUUCGAAAAUGGCACGAUCUUCCCGGACACCAUCGCGUCGCGCGAGCUGCUCCUCCGACCGCCCAGCGUGGUCACCAUCGCCAUCCUCUUUGCUCGCUACCACAACCACCUGGCGGGGCGCAUCUACGAGAUCGACGAGCAGGGCCUGUACAAGAGCGCCGCCGAGGCCGACGUCGACCAUCUCAAGUGGCAGGACGAGGACAUCUUCCAGAAGGCACGCAACGUCAACGUCGCCACCUUUGCCAAUGUCAUCGUGGGCGACUUUUUGGCGGCGAUCCUCGACACUCUGCGCGCGGACUCGUCGUGGACGCCCGACCUCGGGGGAAAGAGUACCGAGAGGCAACAGCACGGAACGGGCGACGCAGCCGCCGCCGAAUCCAGCCUCCUGUACCGCUGGUUUGCGGCUGCGUCUGCUUCGGACGACUGCUUCAUGCAGGAGACGCUUCACCGCGGCUUUCCCAAGACGGCCAUUGACGAUAUCGCGCCGCAGGACUUUUGGGGCUUUGUGUCGUCGCGCGUCGCCGAGCUCGACGAGAUGUCGCCGAGCGAGUGGACGUUUGGCAACGGCCAGUUCACUCGCAACGCCCAAGGCACCUUCGACUCGAGGAAGCUGGCCGAGCUCAUCAUGGACAGCAUCGAGGAGCCCGGCCACGCGUUUGGUGCGCGAAGCUCACCCUCCUCGCACCGCCUUCUCGAGAUCGCCGGCAUUAGGCUGGCCCGCGACGUCUUCGGCGUCGCCACGCUCAACGAGUUCCGAGCCGCCAUGAACCUGACGACGUACAAGUCGUUUCAGGAAUGGAAUCCGUCCGAGCCCCAGGUCGCUCUUGCCGCCGAGAGGCUCUACGGCCACAUCGACGACCUGGAGCUGUACCCCGGCCUGAUGGCUGAAGAGACCAAGCCGCCUGGACCGGGGAGCGGCCUCUGCUGCGGCUACACAACCAGCCGUGCGGUGUUCGAGGACCUGAUCUCGCUCAUCCGCAGCGACCGAUUUCUCACAUUCGACCGCAGCAGCGCCACGCUGACUAGCUGGGGAGUGGGCACGCUGGCACCAGUUCCCGGAGCUUAUGGAGGCAGCCUCGCUACAGUCCUCUUCGCCACGCUGCCUGGUGCUUGGCCUGGCACGUCGAGCUUCGCCAUGCUCCCCUUCCACACCAACCGUUCGGUGCGCAAGGUUUUGGCGGACAACAAGGCCCUCCACCAGUACGACGUCGAACGUCCCACGACACUCGCCGUGCGCGGGAUCUAUACUUUCGCCGGUUGUUCGAAGGCGAUGGAGGACCGCCAAGGACUCCAGACCCUCUACGACGAGCGCACCUGUGCGGCUGCCGAGGCCGAAGACGAGCGCCGCGUCCACGCCUGCUACGACAGAAUCGACUGGAACGACGAGCGAGCGCGUGUGUUCCGCAACGCCUUCUACCCGGACGGCUUCGAGGUCGACGUGCAUGCCUUCUUCGACAAGGCGGUGCCCGAACUGAUCAACGCCAGCAGCGUGGCCUACCGAGACGGCUCCAGGCGUCGCCAGAUUGACAUCAUCCGUGACGUCUGCAACGUGGCUCCUAUCAUCUGGAUCGCUCAGCGCUUCGCAUUCCCGCUCAAGACGGAAGAGCACCCUCGAGGUCUGAUUGGCCUCUCGGAACUCUUCCACGACCUCAUGGCCCUCUACCUCCACGACACGUUCCACGUCUUGCCUCGUCACGAGUGGAAGCUGAGGGACCGGGCCGUCGAGGCGUCCCAGAGGCUGGCCGACAUCCUCAAGGCGCAGAUCCGAGCCCACUCGGGCUUGAUGGAGCCGCUCGUCGACUGGCUCGCCAGGGGUACCGCUUACGACAUCAGCCCGGAUGCGGAACGUCUUUUCCACUCGCUCCUCCAGGCCGGUCUCUCUGGCGCGUCUGCGGCAUGGAGCUGCGUGCACGUGGCGGCGGCCCUCGCUGGAAGCGUCACCCAGCUGGCCUCGAGGAUGAUCGACUUCUACCUGGACGAGUCGCGCGCCGAAGAACGAGGCCGCAUCACCGAGCUCGCGAUCUCGCCGGGAAAGGAUGCCAGCGACGAACUCGAAGGAUUCGUACUGGAGGCGAUGCGCCUUGCUCCCAUUGUCCCGGGUCUGCCUCGCCGCGUCACCCGCGACUUUACCUUCGAAGACUCGAACCGCGAAAUCGACCUCAAGAGGGGUGACAUGGUCCUGAUCGCCACCUCGCAGGCCUCCAUGGACGCUGCGGCGUUCCCAGCGCCGGACAGGGUGGAUCCGUUCCGCCCGCGAGAGUCGUACGACCUCCUCGAACGCGGCAUUCACUCGUGCUUUGGAGCGCGGCUCGUCGUGCCGUCGCUGGUGUCGAUCCUCAGGCAGGUCUUCCGCCUCAAAGGGCUGCGCCGCGUGACGGGCAAAGCCGGCAUGCUGGCCCGCACCACGGAUCGCGUCGGCGGGAUCCCCACGUCACUCUACCUCGACCGAAACGCGGCCGAGCGGACGUAUCCUGCAUCAAUGCUGCUGGAGUACGCCUCGGAGACGGCCCUGAUCCCUCGCGAGGAGGCCAAGCGCGCCGGACCACACCCGGCCUGA